AUGCCGCCCUCUGCAGACGUUGCCUCUGCCGACUCGCUCCACGCCGAGCCCAAGGCCGCCACCGCCAAGCCGCGAUGGCCGCUAUGGAAGAAGCUCGCGCUCGUGGGUGUCGUCCUAGUCGUCGCCAUUGCUCUCGCCGUCGGUCUUGGUGUAGGCCUGAGCAACCGAGGCGGCGGCGAUGAUGAUGAGAACAACAACGACAACGGCAACAACAAUGGCGGCGGUGGUGGUGAGGCGGCACCGGCGUUGCAACUCGACCAGCCGCGAUUCCUCUCCGAGACGGCCCUGCAGUACAACAUGUCGACGGGCCUGAAGAACGCCGGCAGCAUCAUCCCCGACGUUCUCGAGGACGUCCACUUCUCGGUCAACGAGCAGUGCGUGCAGUUCUCCGAGUGCGAGACGUUUGCGCCCUUCAUCAAGGACAACAAGCCCGUCUUCCACAUUGAGUACCCCAAGGACGCGCCCAGCGUGUCGUCGACGGCCUCGAAGAGGGUGUGCACGCCCACGGGCGAGGCGGCCGGCACCGACGGCUUCAGCACCGUCAUCAAGAAGAUGAACCUCGACGGGUGGGUCGAGUUUUGCGACGGCGAGAAGUUCAACACGACCUUGGACGUCUGA